UGGCUUUGCAUUGAUUAUAUUCAACCUGAUUAAUAAAAAUGUGCUGCUUUGCAUAGGAUGUCUCCAAAAGCAACUUGCGCCCCUGAUGACCUGCGCUCGUCCAGGGAUGCGGUGACGCUCAGCAGCUUUCCUCCAACACUCCGCAACACCGUGAAAGAAGCUGGAGACGCGUCAGGACACUCCAGUGACAAUCUGCCUCGGAGCUCACUGACUGUUACAGGAGGAGGGCCGGCCUCAGUAAAGCAUCCCAAAUCCAGAUGUGAGCAGUCCGGACAGCGGGGCAGGCGCAGGAUGAAGGCAAACGACAGAGAGCGUCUCCGCAUGCACAACCUCAACUCCGCUCUGGACGCGCUCAGAAGCAUCCUGCCGGCGCUGCCCGAAGACGCAAAGCUGACCAAGAUCGAAACUCUGCGCUUUGCCCGCAACUACAUCUGGGCUCUGACCGAGACUCUGCGCAUGGCCGACCAGCACGGACACACGCAGGGCUACCUGGCGUCAGAUCUGAGCAGCCCGGCAAGUGUUUUCUCUGCAGAGUGGGACUCGGCAUCACCUGCAGAGGCUGGAUACGGAACCUCUGACCAAAGAAACUCCUACACAUCUGUGAAUGAAAUGAGCUGUAAACUUUGUACAAGAGAUGAAUCCAGUGCUGUCCCUGUUACCUUUUAUUUCAAGUGUGGUGAAAGUGAUCUCAGAGAUACUUGGCACUACUGACUUUUAAUGAUCUCAGCUGUAUAACUGGUGAAACGAUGAUGUAUGAGUCUGUAAGAAGUCAAGAACAAAACCUGGUCGGAGAAGUUUUAGGCAUGCUGUUGAAAUAGAUCCUAAAUGUAAGAGACUUGGCUUAUACAGAACACUGUGGUGGCAUCUUCCAUCUUCAGUGUUUGUUUUUAAAAGCACUUAAACUGGGAUCAGAACAGAUUCUGUUAAAAUGACAUUUCCAAAGCUAAAGCUACGAUCCCUGGCAAUUUGUUUGUGGUGAAAAGUACUUAAAUGAUCAUGUGUGAACUCUAAGUAUUUGCUGUCUUACAAUCAAAUCACAGACAAUGUCACUAAAAGAUGAAGCACAAUCAACAAUCUAGGAACACAAAAGGGUUUAAGCUAAAAGUAUUUAUUUGGCAAUGAUAUUCAGAUGUGUUUUUGUGUUAUUUUUCUGUAUAAAACUACAUUUAUUUAUUUAAUAAAAACUGUAGAAAACAUGAAGUGUUUUGGGGUGAUAAGUACUCUGGCUUUUCAUCAUUUCCAUGAUUCAAAAGAACAUCAUGAACAAAGACAAACACGACUAAAACACAGUUACCGUCGUUCAAAUUAUUUUUAG